UUCGCCUCCACAAAGCCGCCGUCAAGAAGAAAAAAAAAGGUUCACCUCCACAGCUCCACUCUCCCAAAACCCCAACCCCGUCGAUUGCUCCCGCUCCCGGACCGCCGCGCUAGGCUCGCCGGCUUCCGGCCACCACAGAUCGAUCCACUCUCAGCGCAGGAAGGCCUGGGACUUGGUCAACCAAAAUAUGGCCUACAUGUUGGUCACAAGUUUAGGGCAGUAACAAAGGGUGCAAGCGUGAUGCGCUGCAAAUUCUAUUUGCAUAUUGUUGUUGCAUAAAGAUAUCAGAAGGUUUAGAUCUGCUCUUACUAGUGCAUCAUCAGAAACUUCUUAUUUGGAGCAUAUUGAUGCCAGGCUUCUAGAGUAGUAGUUUAUGUAAGGGCUUUUGUGGCAAUUUGCUAGAAAAUUUGAUGGAGUGCAACAGAGAAGAGGCUUUGAGGGCCAGGGAAAUAGCUGUAAAAAUGCUGGAAAAUAAAGACUUUCUUGGGGCCAGAAGGAUUGCGCUUAAAGCUCAAAGGCUUUUUCCAGGGUUUGAGAACAUCCACCAGCUGUUAACUGUCUGUGAAGUGCAUUGCGCCGCAGUUGCAAAAAUUAAUGGAGACUUAGACUGGUAUAGAAUUCUCCAGGUGGAGGCAACAGCAGAUGAGACGGUCAUAACAAAGCAAUAUGACAAACUUGCCUUUUGGCUCCAUCCUGAUAAAAACACACUCUCUGGUGCUGAAGUUGCUCUGAAGUUGGUCUCAGAAGCUCGCAAGAUACUCUCUGAUCGUACGGAGCGGUCUUUGUAUGACAUCAGAAGGCAGUAUGCUUCCAAACAUGUGACAAGCAAAGCUUCACAUGUACCAAAUAAGACUGGUGGAAAUAUAAGUCAUGUGAAUGGAUGCAAGCAACCACCUGCUUUAGUAGUGGUGUUCUGGACCAUAUGUCCGCAUUGUCGGAGGCGAUUUGUGUACUACAAAAAGAACUUUUUGGUCAUCUGUGAUAACUGUGGUAAAUUGUUCUUUGCAUUCAAGCUGCAUGAGCAGACAACGCCCUCGAGUUUCCUAUCUUAUUCAGCAAAUAAUGCUGAAGUUUCACCUGGGAAGAUUUCAUGUCAACAACAUGGCGUCACCAAUCAGCAGGCCCAGACAGGGGGGAACAUUGACUCGGAACCUACCAUGAAUGUUGCUCGAAUUGAUGAACAUACAGAAAGGGAUGACAGGGCAAGCGGUGAUGAGGAAGGUAACCGUUCAGAGACAAGAAGCGAUGUAGUUCAGUUUUCAGCAAUGAACCAAGCUAAAUCUUCUGUGCCUGCCGCAGACAAGGUAUCAGUUAGCAAUUUGAGAUCAACUCAUCCUGAUCCAAACCUCAUUUCCACACAGAAUGAAGAUGCAUCUCUAGUGCCAAAUAUUGCAAGGUCCUCGAGCCUUCAGAGAUUAGGUAAGAGAAAGCAAGAUGAUGGCACAGACUGCAGCCACGGCACCGGCUCCUCUAAUUAUAAGAGGCAAAGGAACCAUGACUUACCAUCUAGUGCUUCUGAGCAAAUGUCUAAUGACAAUGCUGCUGUUGCUGAGAAUCAGUCUGCUGAGCAUCAUGCCUUAAGUAGAGUGGAUAGCCAAGAUGGAGUAAUUGCAAGUCAUGAAGCCAAUCAGCAAAGUUACAAGGAAGCAAGUGGUAGUGCUCCUCAGAAGCCUGGCAGUCCUGUGAUUGCCUACAAUCAUCCUGACUUUUUUGACUUUGGCAAGAUCAGAGAUGUAAACCUGAUUGCAGUUGAUCAAAUCUGGGCCCUUUAUGAUAACCUUGAUGGUAUGCCAAGAGUUUAUGCUCAGGUAAAGCGCAUUGAUACUUCUGACUUCCGAGUUCAGCUGACGUGGCUGGAGUACAAUCCAAGGAAUGAACAAGAAGCCAAUUGGAAUAAUAAGGAGUUGCCUGUAUCUUGUGGAAGCUUCUGCUUAGGAGGAGAAACGAACCUAUUACAAGAUCCAUCCAUAUACUUGUCUCACAGAGUUCCAUUGACAAAAGGCAAAAAUGGGAACUCCUAUGAAAUAAAUCCUAAUAAGGGUGAGGUAUGGGCUCUUUAUAAAAGAUGGAGCAUGCAAUGGAUCUCUGAUGCAGAUAACUGUCGAUCCUAUGGAUAUGAUCUUGUGGAAGUUAUCUCUGAUGGCUCAACGAGUGGCGAUGUCAUUGUUUCGCCGCUAAUGAGGAUUGAAGGCUUCGUUAGUCUGUUUGCACAAGCUAAGGACAAAUGCUUUUUUUUGAUACCAUCAAGUGAGCUACUGAGAUUUUCUCACUGCAUCCCCUUUUAUAGAACAAAUGGAAAUGAAAGGGUGGGCGUUGCAGAAGGGUUCCUGGAACUGGAUACAGCAGCUCUUCCAAGUGACCUGGAAAGAGCAUUUCCUUCCAGUACUCUCGGCUCUUACAUGUCUUCGGAAUUCAUUUCUUAUCCAUAUCCAGAAUCUGAAUUCCACAACUUCGAAGAAGACCGGUCAUGCGAGAAGUUUGAAAAUGGCCAAAUUUGGGCUAUCUACAAUGAUGCUGACACAUUCCCGAAUGUGUAUGGCUGGGUGAGGAAAGUUGAGACACAACCGUUCGAAGUGCAUUUGACCUGGCUCCAGGCCUGCCCUCAGCAGGCGCAGGAGAAGCUUUGGUUGGGGCAGAAUGUACCUGUGAGCUGUGGCAAAUUUGAAAUACGAAGCUGGGAAGACAAGUAUGGUGGAAACCAUUCCUUCUCCGAUUUGGUAGAAAAUAGCCAAAUCAAUAUGAACUGGCAGGUUAAAAUUCAUCCGAAGGUCGAUGAAGUUUGGGCCAUCCACAAGAACUGGUCACCUGAUUGGGUUCCUUCUAGCAACAAGCACACCACUCAUUAUGCUAUCGGGGAGAUCGUCGAGUGCAGUAAACGAAGCACAUUAUUGUCUUUCCUGACUAAAGUUGAUGGCUAUGUCGCUGUGUUCAAGCCUGACCCGAUCAAGGAAGUACUGAAAAUACCGAGGAAAGAGAACCUGAGAUUUUCUCAUCGAAUUCCGUCAUUCCGUCUCACAGAAGAGAAAGGCGGCAAGCUCCGGGACUUCUACGAGCUUGACCCAGCUUCUGUCCCCGGUGAUUUUCUGUAGAAGGGCGCCCUCCUUGAAUUGACACUGUUAACGCUUGCCUUUUCGGAGGACAGCAAGAGGGAAUUAACCACACGAUAUGUAACUAUAGGCAGCUUUGUGUUUUGCGCCUGAACCUAGGGCAUGGCAUAUGCUGGCUAAAUGUGGCGCAUUUGUAUCGCAGGACCAUGCAUGCUAAGUUUCUUUUGGGGUCUCUUAAUUUAGUUAGUGUAAUAUUGGCAGUCAUGUUGAACUGAAAGUAACUCACAGUGAAGCCGGUGGUGUUUGCUGGAUGCAAUGAAGCUGUUGUGCCAUCGA